AUGAACAAUCCUUGUACAACUGGAAGGGAGGUAAAACCUUCAACUGAGGACUUGGGGGAUAACAAGGAAGGAGAAUACAUUAAACUCACAGUCAUCAGACAGGAUAGCAGUGAGAUUCACUUCAAAGUGAAAAUGACAACACAUCUCAAGAAACUCAAAGACUCAUACUGUCAAAGACAGGGAGUUCCCAUGAAUUCACUCAGGUUUCUCUUUGAAGGUCAGAGAAUUGCUGAUAAUCACACUCCAAAAGAACUGGGAAUGGAGGAAGAAGAUGUGAUUGAAAUUUCUCAGGAACAAACAGGGGGUCAUUCAACAAUUUAAAUUUUUUUUUUUUCUUUUCCCUUAAUCCUUUUUUAUUUUUAAAAAUAGUUCUUUUGUAAUAUGGUGUUCAAAACAAUUGAAAACUGGCACCCCAUCUCUUUAGAACGUCUGGUAAUUUGAAUUCUAG